AUGUUCAGUGAGGUGAUGAUCAGUAUUGCCCAGCGACUUGAGGAGGAGGUCACAGCAAGAGUUGUCUAUCAGAAAAUCCUCAGUCAAACCAUUACCGAAAGGGAUCGGAGUGCCCACGAGGUCUGCCACAUCCUUCUUCAAUGUAAAAUGAUGUCAGCUUCCCGGGAAUUUGUGUCGUUACGCUUGUUAGCAAAUCGGAAACGUCGCAUGAGGCAGGACUUGGAGAAUGGGGUAGAUGAAGGUGAACCAGUUGAGGAGAGUGAUUUGAGGGAUGCUUAUGAGAAGACAUCUCUGUAUGAGUGGGCACAGAGCUAUCGGCGGGUUCGUGGAAGGAUUGUUCAUAGACAGCAUGCUGCUGUUGUGAUCCUAUGGCCACUCUACCAUCCGGGAGCCUCUGAGUCCCAUGAAAAUGAGGACUGGUGUCGAGCCAGACUACUCCUCCAUCAUCCUCAUCGGAAUCCCAAUGAACUCAAGGAAGAGGACAAGACUUGGGAAAUGGCAUACGCAUGUUGCCAAGGGGCCCAUCCAAAUGGUCAUCAAGAUACACUUCCUAAACGUGACUCUUCAGAGUGGUCAGAAGAUGAGGAGCAGGAGGAGAUACAAGAGCAGGAUGAUUGGCAGGAACAUGCUGGACUAGGACCGGAGAUGGACUGGGAUGGAUUGCAGGGUCCGCAGUUGGGCACACGACUCAUUGAUGUUGAAGCGGACUGGCACCAGACACUGAUAGAAUGGGGUGAUGAAGGUUUGAAGGAGCGUACAGCCUUCCUUGGGAUUGCAAAACAGAUGCGGGGUGCAGAGGCUGUCAUACGUGAAGCUGUUGACCCCACACUUUUGAACGGAAAUCAACAAAAAGUCUUCAACAAAGUCAUGGCCCAUGCUCGGCAGCAAAUGUCCAACACAGGCCGAUAUGCCUAUCUGUCCUUCAGUGAAAGUAUUCAGCUCAAUAUGGUCAUGCGGCAAGCAGGAACAGACCCAACAUCUUUAGCCUUCAAAAGCACCCUUGCACGUCUUCGAGAGGCUGAACUCAACAUCAACUCGCUCGUUCAAGCCUCAAAGCCGGUGUUACGAUCAGUUGCUCGCUCCACUGGACCCGACUCAACACGAGUAUCCGAAAACACAGCAGGUUCACCCCAGAUCCUCUACCUCAUGCUCGGAGCUCAAGUAAUGCUCACUCGUAAUCUGUGGACUUCCAUGGGAUUGACAAAUGGUAUGUUAGCCGAUAGAAUCGGGCCAGGACGGCCGAUCCGCCGUUAG